AUGAAAUUUGCCAAAGAGCUGGAACAGGAACUGGUUCCUGAGUGGCGGGCAAAGUAUCUCGACUACAAGACCGGCAAAAAGAAAGUCAAGGCCAUCACUCGAGCACUCCAGAAGGCGCACCGAAGUCCCCAUGUCCAGUCCCAUAAAAAUCCCACUCCCGCCCCGCAAAGUCGCGGCGCAGCCGCCCACUUGGCCCUCACGCCCUCCAACACCGAUAAACCGCUCGAUGGAGGAGAACAUAAUGCUACACCUACACAACAGCGAGGCGGCUCCACCUCACCAUCAAUAACGCGGUCCACGCCGGUGCCCAGAACCGAGCGACAACCGCUUCGCACGCCAGGAUCGCGGUUCUCUGAACAUGUUGGUAGUUAUGGAAGCAUACUUGCAACGCCGCCACAACAUUAUACUGCAGGCUCGGACGUAGGCUCAUUUGAACUUCCGGACCCGGCACUUGACCCAGAUGAGGAGUAUCUGCCACACGAGGAUAUUGCGGAAAGACCCAGAAAUCUCCGGACACCUUCGCCAGUUAUAGAUCGCCGUAGCAUGGCGAACAAUUCACCCUCUCACCCUAUUUCAGAACCUUUGCCGGCCCAGAGGCCCCAACUGGACCAACGGGCGAGCUAUCAAAGUCAGAUGGGCGAUGCCUUGACAAAGGUGACAUCGGGCCGGACAUCACAGCUUCUGCGACGUGUAUUCACGGCGGAGGGAGAUUCUGGCGUGAGACGAUCACAGUACGAUGCCAGCGCUAGUGCUGAGCUUGAUAAACGCCAAGAUGAGUUCUUCGAGUUUUUGGAUAGCGAGUUGAACAAGAUCGAUGCGUUUUAUGUCAUGAAAGAACAAGAGGCCACCGAGAAACUGCGGGUCCUUCGCCAGCAAUUACAUAUUAUGCGAGAUCAGCGCAUCCAAGAGGUUCUAGCUGCUAAGAAAGCUGUCAAAUCUGAUAACUCACAGACACAGCAACGGCCAAAUGGAUUCGCCAAAAUCAAGAGCGUUCGAAUCAAGGAUACAUUGGUGGGGAAGAACCGUUUUGGCAAGAACACAGAAGCGCUGGCGCAGAUGGCGACCCCUGGCAUGCAUGCUCAGGAUCGAGAAUUCAUCGCCAACCGGAGGGACUUUAUGCGGCGACAGGAUUCAGCAAGUAACGAAGUGCCCUAUCGCUCUGCUAAGCGCAAGCUCAAGCAUGCGUUGCAGGAGUUCUACCGCGGAGUGGAACUCCUCAAGGGUUAUGCUUAUUUGAAUCGAACGGCUUUCCGGAAGAUUAACAAGAAAUACGACAAAGCGGUUAACGCCCGCCCACCGCUCCGGUAUAUGUCCGAGAAGGUCAAUAAAGCGUCCUUCGUGCAGAGUGAAGUGAUUGAGAGCCUGAUGGUAGCGGUCGAAGACUUGUAUUCCCGUUACUUUGAGCGCGGUAAUCGCAAAAUCGCUGUCUCCAAACUCCGUCACACAAUCAACAAAUCUGGCGAUUACUCACCCAAUACGUUCCGCUCUGGUCUGCUGCUGAUGGGUGGAACUCUGUUUUCCAUCAAGGGCUUGGUUGAUGCUACGGCAAAUCUCCGCUCGGAUGAUGUGUCUGAACAAGUUCGGACCAGUUAUCUUCUUCAGAUAUAUGGUGGGUAUUUCCUCAUCGUGUUCCACGUCUUGCUCUUUUGCUUAGAUUGUAUGAUCUGGACAAAGUCGAAGAUCAAUCAUGGAUUCGUUUUCGAAUACGAUCCUAGACACACCUUGGAGUGGCGUCAGUUGCUAGAGAUCCCUUCUUUCUUCUUGUUCUUGAUGGGCCUAUUCAUGUGGCUCAACUUCUCAUGGUACAACCACAUGUAUAUCUACUGGCCUGUCGUGCUUAUUGGCUUGACAAUAAUUAUCAUUUUCUUGCCGGCCCGUGUUCUUUACCACAGGAGCCGCAAGUGGUUUGCUUUUUCCAAUUGGCGGCUUUUGCUUGCCGGAAUCUACCCAGUCGAGUUCCGUGAUUUCUUCCUCGGCGACAUGUACUGUUCUCAGACAUAUGCCAUGGGAAACAUCGAGCUCUUCUUCUGUCUAUAUGCCUCGUACUGGGGCUACCCUCCCAAGUGCAACUCCUCCCAUUCUCGACUCUUGGGCUUCUUCCAAUGCCUUCCGUCAGUCUGGCGUGCUUUCCAGUGUAUUCGCCGUUACCUGGAUACGAAGAACGCAUUCCCCCAUCUCCUGAACUUGGGCAAGUACAUAUUCGGUGUCCUCUUUUAUUCUACUCUCAGUAUGUACCGCAUCAACCUCCACACGCGGUUCCAAGCCUCGUUCAUCACCUUCGCCCUCCUAAACGCUGUCUACACCUCAGUGUGGGAUCUAAUCAUGGACUGGAGUUUGGGUAAUCCAUACGCAAAGAACCCAAUGCUCCGCGAAGUCCUCGCCUUCCGGCGCGUAUGGGUAUACUACGCCGCAAUGCUACUCGAUGUAGUCGUCCGUUUCAACUGGAUCUUCUACGCAAUAUUUAUCACAAACAUCCAGCAGUCAGCCUUGCUCAGCUUCAUGGUCUCCCUUUCAGAAGUCUGCCGCCGCGGUGUCUGGUCCAUCUUCCGUGUCGAAAACGAGCACUGCACAAACGUGCUCCUCUUCCGUGCUUCACGUGAUGUCCCUCUUCCCUACGACAUCCCCUCACCAGCUGCACCCCUCGACGGCUCACCGGAAGAUGUCCAACUCCAAGAACAGGCCGCCUCAACACCCUUCAUGUCGCCCGGCGACGUCGAGCAGGGUACCCCAUCGAUGUCCAGUAUGCGGGCCCGCAACCGCCGCCCCUCGCUUGGUAUCGCCCGCGUCGGCACGAUCGUGGCCUCAGCCCACGCGCAGGAUUUCGAGCGCAGACGUCUACCAAAUUACAUGUCCAGCGCGAGUGUGGGACGAGAUAUGGUCAAUGCCGCAGACGAUAGCACGGACGAAGACGACGAGGCGGAUCUGAGCACGGAUGAGUCAACGGCUGAGCCUCAACAGUCGAGACCGGCUUUAGAGCGCAGGGAUACAAUGGGGAGGAUUGUUGAGUAG